GUAGUGUUGUUCUACAGUACCUCCUAGUAGCCUGCUAGUAUAACAGCAAUCUUUUGGGAUUCUAUGCUUUGCUUAUUCUCGAUGCUGUUUUCAGCAUAAUAUUCGACAGAAAAAUUAUAAAACGCACGAAAAGGUACUGUAAACUUAGGCUGUAAUAUUAUUAACAAAGACUGGGCAGACAGUACGGUAGGUACAGAUGUACAGUCUACAUGCCGUCCACAUGUACUCUGUAUUGUACAAGCCGGUCCGGAUAAGCCUCUAUGAGCAGUUUGAGCCCGUAAAGGUACGUACAGCAGCCACUACAGCUAUAAUUUCAGAUUGAGCGCGCUAUUUUGCGCUUAAUAGCAUGAUGGCCACUACUGUGAGUCUGUGACUAUACGACGUUCUGGCGUAACCCAUUAAUUUACAUUUUUCGCUAUAUUUUAUCUUAGUGCAUAUGAAUAGCCGCGUAUCACAUACUUGUCUCUAGACAAGUAUGUAAUACGCGGCUUCAUAUGCACUACGAUUUUAUCGUGCUCAUCAUCCGGAUAGGAAUCUGACCACUGCAUUAGAUAGUACGGCGGUUCAGCAGAGGUGUGUGUUCCUUAUUCCUGGAUGGAAUCUACGGAUACAGAAUCAAUCUCAUUUGGUGCCACGUGCGAAUAUCAGUACGAAAUUCAGGGGCAUAUCGCUGGAGGAGCCUUUGGAAAUGUAUACGAAGCUUAUGUUACAAAAAAGGGAAGUUUCGAUGGUCCAGCAAAGGUGGCAGUAAAAGUGAUCGUCAACACGCUUGACGAAUCGCGUAUUUUAUCCGACGUCAAAAGUGUGGAAGAUUGUCACACGCAAUUACUGAGUCUAAAACACUGCAACCUUGUGACAUUUUAUAAAUCCACAAUUUUCCAAACACCAGGAGGACAGUCCGUUGAAUUCAUGAUGGAAUAUUGUGGCGAUGGAAAUUUGGCGGCCUUAAUUCAGAAAGUGCGCAACGGUACGCUCAACCUUGGGAUAACCUCGAUUGUUCGUUGCUCUGUUCAUAUUGGCAAUGGACUCAGCUUCCUCCAUUCCAAGCAGAUCAUCCACGGGGACUUAAAACCGGCCAACGUUGUCAUUAAUUAUUUGCAUACCAAGCGGGAAAUCGUCAAAAUAUGUGAUCUUGACAGCUGUGUGCAAAUGCGACAAAACGCAACUGUUUCUCAGGAUAUCACACACGGAAUCGGCACUGUCCGGUAUAUGUCGCCUGAAAUGCUGAGAAAACAUCUUGGCCUGAGAGAUGAUGGCGAAGUCAUUGGAAGAAAAACGGAUAUCUGGAGUCUCGGUUGCAUUAUAACCGAACUACUAAACUGCAGUGCUGCUCUCCAAGACCGGUUAAUCAGCAGCACUGAGGAGGUCAUGGACAUUCCAGCUAAAAUGUCGGGCGUGGUAUUUGCAGGACUGAUAGUGAAUGGAUGGAUACCAUUUGUACAGUGUGCAGAUCCACCCUGUAACCGGGAUACUUUAAGUGCCUGUAUACGGCGCUGUCUCACGCCCAUCCAUGAGAGAAUUUCAGCGGGUGACCUUACCAAACAGUUACAGGAACACUUUUUUGCUAUCCAACACUUGUACAACUACGACAAUCAGGUUGCCUUUCAAAGCGCAUGGGAAAAACACUGUGCCAAUUUUCGUAUUAACGGCGUGGGUUGUCGCGCGUCAUACGAUCUUACAAAUCCUAGUCUGCCGAAGCGGCUUCCCGUAGGCAUCAGCAUGGGCGCGACGUACAGUUGUAUAGCGGUUUAUCGGGAGGGAAAUGGAUGCGUGGAGGUCAUUGAGAACGACCGUGGACAGCGGUUAACACGGAGCGCCGUAAGAUUUGACGGAGAAGAUAACCUGGUAGGCACGGCGGCUACCGAACACCGACGCAUCUAUCCAGAUAACACUGUGGAUGGCGUAAAGCGCAUACUGGGGCGCAGCUUCCACGACCCGCUGGUGCAGUCUGAUAUGCUUAGAUGGCGCUUUACUGUGGUCGAUGACAAUGGCAAGCCCUGCAUACGUAUAGUUGAUGCUGGCAGUACGACGUUAGUCACACCGGAGAAAAUAAUAGAAAUUCUCUUAAAAUAUUUGAAAAACGCCGCCAAAGACUUUCUGCACUCGGAGGUAUUUGACACAGUUUUAACUGUGCCGGCUUAUUUUACCGACUAUCAGCGCCAGGCAAUGGUUGAUGCCGCGAAAGGUGCAGAAUGGAAUGUCACGCGGAUAAUUAGCGAACCGGUAGCAGCCGCUACUGCGUGCGCGAUGGCGAUGUCGAUAACUUAUCCAGUUGGACAGAAAAUAUUGGUUUUUGAUUUGGGCAGCAGUACACUGGACAUAUCCAUUUUGUCUGCCGCGCCGAGCAUGGAGUUUAGAAUACUGAGUGCGUACACGGAUCCGCAACUCGGAGGUCAAAAAUUCAAUGAUGCCCUAGCGGAGUUUUUGUUAACAGAAUUCACCGGGAAUAACCACCUUCAGAAAACGGACCUGCAAUCAGAUUCUGUCCUACAAUUAAACAGGGCUGUUCAAUUAUGUAAAAGAACUUUAAGCUUUCGUGAGGAAUACUUGAUCCAGGUACCCAAAUUUCAUGGAAAUCAGUUAUACCAACGAAACGUACACCGCGCAGAUUUCGACCACAUCUGUCGAAACAUUUUUGACCGCAUUAUUUCGGCAGUGGGAGCCGCACUAGCGAAAUCCGGUGACGCUGCUUCCAGUAUCGACAAUAUCGUGUUGGUGGGUGGAUCAAGCGUAAUUCCUAAAAUCAAAGCACUGCUCAAGUGCUUUUUCCCGGGCAAACCUAUUUUGCAAGAAAUAUACCCUGCUGAAUCGGUGGCUCGUGGAGCAGCAAUUUAUGCGGCUGGAAUUAAUGGCCAAAGUGCGCUAGCACCUGUUUUUUAAAAAAAUUCUUUUCGCCGAGAAAAACCGGUAUUUUGAAUGCUACGAGUUGGUGUGCGGUUGCGAGCCGUCGCGCCAUCGGACGCUCACAAUAUGGAAACGGGACUGGCGGAAUUUCCAAUUCGGAAGUAUGCAUUUUUGAAAAGUGGAUACCUUUCCAUACUGCAUGGUUGAAAAGUUGGAAGUUACUGACUCGGCUCGGCUUUCCAUUCGUCGUUAAAUUCGAGCGUUAACUGGAAACGAGUGUUUUUCUGCUUUUCAUAAGUAGCGUUAUAUUCUCCUCUACUCUAGCUGACAGUAGCUGUUAUUAAAGCAAAUGCUGCAAUGCCACAGCUGCUUUGUUAUGUUACUUUUACCCCCACUGGCCCCGAAGAUAGAAGACGUUGGUUAUUUGUUAUUGUUAAAAUUUUAAUAAUUAUCAAGUAGUUCACAAGCGCUCGCAGUUUUACUUACUUUUACCAUUAUCGUUCUUAUCUAUACAUGUAUUUCGCAUCCUGAUUCAAGGCUGUAUAUUCUGACAGCACUAGUACGGAGA